AUGUCGAAGAAGCUUCAAAAAUUCGUUGGCCAGAAAAUGAAGGUUCGAAAAUUCCUUCAGUAUUGUCUCGCCAAGCUUAAAAACCCUCGUCCCCAAAUCCACCCUUCGUCUUCCCUGACACGGAUCCUCUCGGAUUGCAGGCAACCCAAGACCCAUUCGAUUGCAAUAGUACGGGGAAACAACGCAGCUACGCUAUCGGAUAUUGAUCGCUUCCUCUUCGACAACUUCAAGUCUCUGUUCCUGCACGAAGAAGAUGCUACUGCGACUAGCAGCAUUACUAACAGAGUUUCUGAAGAAAAUCAGGGAGAUCGGAGAUCAGGAUCGAUUUCGUUCGACCGGACUUCGCUGGAUAUUCUCGGCGACCUCACUGAGACUUACGGUUCUCGGGAGAACAUCGUCAUCUUGGCAUGCUCGGCGAGCCAGCAUGAAGAUCUCCGGCAAUCGAUGAAAGAAAUGGUGGACCGGAGGCUGAGAAUUUACGGGAGGGUGGAUUGGGGAUUUAUGGAAGAGCUCUUGUUGUGUUAUUUGAACCUGAACGAGAGGAAGUCAUACAAGUUCAUACUGAGUGCUUACGUGGACUUGAUCAACGGCCUGCGCGGAAAAUCGCCGGAGAGAGCUCCGUUGACGACGAAGCCACGGAGUGUUCGCACACUGAGGACUCGGAGUGAGAUCGGAAAGAAGAAGACCGAAGAAGCGACGCUGCAAUUCGGGGAAUAA